AUGCCGGACGCUAAUAUCUUCCCUUACGCAACCAGCGAAGCAGCAAAGACGGCAGAGAAACACCAGGAACCGCAAGAUCUUGUGUUCUGGUCAGGAUGGUUCUGUCCGUACAAUCAACGAGUAUGGAUCGCCCUCGAGGAGAAAGGUAUUCCCUACCAGUACAAGGAGGUUAACCCCUAUCAUAAAGAGGAAGAUUUCCUUAAGAUCAACCCUCGAGGGCAAGUUCCAGCAUUGGAAUAUAAGAACAGACCAAUCUAUGAGUCCCUGAUCAUCUGCGAAUUCCUCGAAGACGCCUUCCCAGAAUACAAGCCCAAUCUCCUCCCCUCCGACGCGUUCAACCGCGCACACGCACGUCUCUGGAUAGACCACUUCACCAAAUCCGUCGUGCCAGCAUUAUUACGCCUCCUUCAAGCACAGGAAAAAGAUGGCCAGGAAGAGGCGCUGAAGGGGGUCAACGGCGCGUUGGGGCCGUUAGUGGAACAGGUGAAAGGACCGUAUUUCCUUGGUGAGGAGUGGAGCUUGGUCGACACGGCGAUCGCACCGUUUGUGGUGGGGGACUAUAUUUUGACUGAGCACAGGAGGUACAGGAGGGAGGAUGUUGGGGAGGGCCAAAGGUGGAAGGAGUAUGUGGAGAAGUUGACGAGUAGGGAGAGUGUGGUGAAGACUUGCAGUGACAAGGACAAGUAUGAACAGCUAUACAGUCAGUACUUGAAGAAGGCAUAG